UGCGCACUUGCAGCAGUGGGCCUGCUGCCAAAGCAACAACAUCUGACUGAGGGUGUAAACAAACCCAAAAUUAAAAAUUCAAAUUACCUUUGCGUGGCCCCCGCCACUCCAACUACGUAGCAGAAUGUCCGGCAAGGACGAUCGAUCCAAGGAGAAGCGGCGGAACAUGAAGCAAUACACUCAUCACAAGCAGCAGCGCCGUGGAACCACCACCACCACAUCGUCCAGCUCGCCGCAGACCACGGCAGUGCGGAGCAUCGUGGAUGUGGCAGACUCCAGCGACGAGCCACGCUUUGCCCGCAAGGGCAACUGGGCAUCCGGCGGCGGAUCCCGGGGCUCCGCGCUGGCUCCUCAAAUGAAUCGGGACCUGCUGGACGUCCUGCCCAGCGACACGGAUGACGUGGACCAUUUGGGCGUCGACACGGGAGCGCCCAUCGAUGAGAGCGCCCGCGCCCAACUGCGGGCCGGGGACUACAAGCAGCUGACGCAAUUCCCCAAUAUGGGUGGCGGCCACUUCACCUUCGGCUCCGAGAAGGAGUGGAACAGCAUUGCCGAGGGCCAGACGCAGCUGCACACCAAGCCGGCCAGCGGCUACUUUGCCCUGAACCUUGUCCGCCUCAAUGCCGGCCUCCAGACGAUUCCCUUCUACAAGCGCAUGGACUAUCCCGCCUCCAUGUUCACACGCCAGCAAAUCGUGGCCCAGACGGAGGCGGCUGAGCGGGCGGAGACGCUCUACCAGCAGAGUGUGCUGCGCGAGGCCAAUGGCAGUGCUGCCGCCAAGUCACGGCAAGUCUCGGCCAAGUCCGCCAAGUCCUCCAAGUCCUCGGUGCCAGCGGCAACGCCAGCUCCAGCUCCAGCUCCGGACAGUGCCCUGGCAGAUGAUCUGGAGGAGCUGCUGGCCAUGACAAAUAUUCAGUCGGACCCCAAUGCGGCUGCCCCUGGCACUAUGCCCAUGCCGAUGCCGAUGGUUCAGCCGGCCACGCCGUCGUCGGCGGCUAGCAAAAACGAUGUGGAAAAUUGGUUAGAUAAUGUCCUGGGCGAGUGAAUGCAUGUCUCUGCCGCAGGACUGGGGCUGUAUUUGGCCACAAAAUCUUACAAAUCUUCAAAUGUUUGCAUUUUGAUUAAGAUUAAACGGAAUUGUCCUCGUU